AUGAAUUUCAACGAUGACGCGCGGCAGCCAUUGCAAAACGGUCAAGAGCAGCAGCAACGGGUCAACAACCCGAUGGAGCCGAGUGUUGGCUGGCUUCAGGAGCUGUUUAGGAGACAGCAGGAAAUGAUCGUGCAACAGCAGCAAGCGUUCAUGGUGCAGCAAGAAAAGCUGAUAAGCAACGUUCUUGCGGCCGUUACAACCCAGGAGAAACCCGUGAGUGCGGAGCAAAUCGUCGAUCUACUAGCCGGAAACAUCAAAGAGUUUUGCUACGAUCCCGAAAUGAAGGUUACGUUCGCCGGAUGGUACGCGAGUAAGGUGAAUUUGGCGCAAAUAUCCAGCGGCAGUCUGAGGGAGAAAUUUCCAAGGCUGUUUUCGAACGAGCUUGGAUGCUGUACAAAGGCGAAUGUUCAGCUCAAGCUGAAGAAAGGAGCGACUCCUGUGUUUCGGCCGAAGCGUCCAGUGGCGUAUGCUGUGUUGCAGCAAGUAGAAAGUGAGCUGGAAAGGCUGGAGGAAGAAGGUAUCAUCACGAAGGUGGAUUUUUCGGAGUGGGCAGCGCCAAUUGUAGUGGUGCGGAAAGCAAAUGGUACCAUAAGGAUUUGUGGCGAUUAUUCAACGGGUUUGAAUAACAUGCUGAUGCCUCAUCAGUAUCCGCUGCCAUUGCCAGAGGAGAUCUUUGCCAUUCUAAUUACCGAUGUAUCGGUGCAGAGCUAA